AUGUCCGCGAAGCGAAUCCGCACGCUCCUCCGCUUCCAAGUCCCUCGUCCGACGCCCACCAUCUCGCGAUUCUCCACCAUGACCUCCCCCUACAAAUGCACCCCUCUCCCCCGAUCCCUCUACCCGGCCACGAUAGCCUACAGCCCACACGACCUCCGCAGACAAGACGAGGGCCCAGAUUCAGAAUGGUACGCCCAGCCGCGCUUCGUGCAGCACAUCGACGCCGGCGCCAUCACCGCCCUGAAAUCCUACUAUGGGGCCAUCGUGAAGCCCAGCCACAGUGUGCUGGACCUGUGCAGCAGCUGGGUGUCGCAUCUCCCGGACGCCCUCAAGCCACAUAGCUUGGUCGGGUACGGGAUGAAUAGGCAGGAACUCGAGCGCAAUGGCCACCUGACGCGGUUCUAUGUGAGGGAUCUGAAUCGGAGCCCGAGCCUGGAGGAAGUGGAGAGCGAGAGCGUGGAUGUGCUUAUUUGCAACGUGUCGGUGGAUUAUCUCACCCAGCCGGUGGAGGUGUUCAAGGAGAUGAAUCGCGUCCUGAGGGUGGGAGGGACGGCACAUAUGGCGUUCAGCAAUCGGUGUUUUCCGACGAAGGUUGUGGGCAGGUGGAUGAGGAUGAAUGACGCGCAGAGGAGGAGGUGGGUUGGAGGCUACUUUUGGGCGAGUGGGGGGUGGGAGGGGGUUGAGGAGUGCAUUUUGAGGGAGGGAAAGGGUGGGAUUUGGAAUGAAGGGGAGGACCCGUUGUUCAUUGUCAGAGCGAGGAAGGCUGCCGCUGCUGGGUGA